UGCCUUUGUCGACUAAUUUUCGAAACGUGUACGGGUAAUGAUAACAGCAGAACUGUUCUGUUAAUCGUGUUCUGUAAGAUGACCUUAUGACCCCUGCGUGAAGCUAAGAUGUUCAGCACUAUGGAGAAUCUGGAUCUGGACGUGGUGAACCGUCAGUUCUUCUUCGACACGAAUUCUUUUAUGAAUGGGAACGGCAGCAGCAACGGGAGCACCACGGGGUCCUCGAAUAGCAGCGACUUGUUCCUGUACGACGACAACAGCAGUGACUCGGCCGUUUCUAGUUUUUCUUACAAUAGUGAUCAGGAGAACAGAUCCGACUGCAAAGAGAGACUUCAUCGGCACCGUCGGAGAAACAAAUGUCCCCAACAACAGAUCCAGCAACGGCAAGCCGCCAACCUCCGCGAACGGAAGAGGAUGCAGUCCAUCAACGAUGCCUUCGAGGGGCUCAGGGCGCACAUCCCCACGUUGCCCUACGAGAAGAGGCUGUCCAAGGUGGACACGCUGAAGCUGGCCAUCGGGUACAUCAACUUCCUUAGUGAAUUAGUGAGGACUGACAAGAACUCCAACUCUGAGUACUUCAACGGACACAACAGGAACGUCCAGAGGGACGAGCCGAAGAAGAUCAUCGUUAGGGGAGGUGGAGGUCUCUACACAGCCCAUUCCCUGUCCUGGUCGAGGAUCAAAGAACCGAACCCCAAUGGAAUAAUGCACGCGAAAGUCUGGAUGCCAGAAGACCCCAGAGCCAACAAAGAAACCCCAAAUGGUACUUCGUACAGCCUCUCUGAAUGACGUUAAGUGAAAUGUAUAUUAGUUAAACUCCCCACAAAAAAAUUAUCUACCUAGAUC